AUGGCUAGGAAGAGAAAGCUAGAAAUCAAUCAAGAACAAACCAUGGCUUUCGGUGGGCCCCAGAGAGCCAAGAAGAAGUUUGUUGGGGUGAGGCAAAGACCAUCGGGUAGAUGGGUUGCAGAAAUCAAAGACACCAUACAAAAAAUCAGAGUAUGGUUAGGGACGUUUGAUACAGCCGAGGAAGCGGCUCGAGCCUAUGAUGAAGCCGCUUGCUUGUUACGUGGAUCCAACACACGCACCAACUUCUGGCCUUCUUCUCAAUCCUUCUCCACCACACCCGCACUCCCAUCAAAAAUCACAAAUCUUCUUCUCCAUCGGCUCGAAGCCCGAAACAACCCUCGACCACCAUCGGCUUCGGUGAAUCGACAUGAUGACGUGAAGCAGCCGGAGGUGGCGCCGGAGUUCUUGGAUACGUAUUUUACCGAUUUUUUAAACGAUGUAGACGGGUUUCUCCCUGUAAACGAUAUGAUGGGUAGUGAUGUUGGUAGCAACGUGAGCUUUGAAUCGUGUAUGCCGGUUGAUGUGGAUUCUUGUGGAGAUACAAAUGGUGGAGGCGAAAGGGAGGUGGAAGAGGAAGAAGAAGAAGAAGAAAGGGUGGAUUUUAGGUUUAUUGAUGAAAUUGGAACGGGUUGUAAUUUUUCGCCAUUUGAUAUGGCUCAAGAAAUGGUAUCGGAGCAAAGUUAUGAUGGGGAAGAAGAAGAGCCGAUGACGAUAAGUGAAGCGAUGAAAAGGAUGAAAUAUGAACGUAAGUUUUCGGCUUCUCUUUACGCUUUCCAUGGGAUUCCGGAGUGUUUACAGAGAAAGGGUGGGCAGGGAGGAGGUGCGAAGGGUAGAGAAAGGUCGAAAAUGCAUAGAAUGGCUCAUCAAGUGAAUGAAGAAUGUAAAAAAGGUGGAGAAGAAAUGUGUUUGGUUUCGUCUUCGGAUGAGUUUAUCGAUGGAGAUUUGUCUCUGUGGAACUUGCUUGAUCUUCCUACCAUAUGUUAUGUUAAUUAG